UCUGUUGACGAAGUUGAACGUAUGUUAGGAUUAAGGAAUCUAACACGCACUCAUACACAGGAAACAUUGGAUGUCGCUGUCAGAGUUUUGGCGCGCCAGCUCGUCACUGGAAGAACACAGUCAUCGGUGGCAUGAGAGAGGAUGGAGAGCUACACACAUGUCUUCCAAAUCUCUGGGAUCAAGAACCGUGAUAAGAAGAGAGUUUUGGUUCAGGGGAUCCAGCAGCUGGGUGGAAGAUACAUUGGUGGCUCAGUCUAUCAGGACAUCAGCACCCAUCUCAUAAUCCCUCAGGUUUUGUCCAGCGAGAAGUUUUUGGCAGCCUGUGCUGCAGGAAAGUGGGUUGUGACUCCAGACUAUGUUUUGGACAGUGUUAAGAAUGGCUCCUGGCUCGCAGAGGGACCCUAUGAGGUGGCCAUUUCCACAGGUGCCACAUCCACCUUCUAUCCUGUCAGACAGUGGAGGGAGAAAGUGGCCAGUGGAAAACUAACAGGGGCCUUCCAGGGCUGGAGGGUUCUUCUUAAGAUCCAAGAGCCCACUCGCAGGGCCAUGUUCAAACGGCUCCUAAAAGCCGGCAGGGCCAAAGUAUACCGCUGUCCUCCUCCCUCUCAUGCUUCCAUCACUCAUGUCAUGGCUAAACCUGUCACAGAGGACUCAGACUCCCAUAAUGCUCCUUGCUAUCCUGUAAGCCACAUCGUCCAGUACCUUUUUGGGAGCAAUUGUGUGGAUAUGAAUUUCAAAGUAAUGAAUGAUCUCCCAGCUGAGACAAAGGAAGCCAGUUUUAUUGAUGUUGACUUCUCCAAGCUGGAGAUGGAGCUCAGGGACUAUGUCAUCAAACAGCAGGGCCGGCCGAGACUGUGCUUCCUUGAAUUUCUGGGUUACCAUGACCCCCACCGUCCACAGUCACAGGCAACAGAAACAGACUUCAGCAAUGUUGGUAGUAUGAUAGAGUGUGGUCUCUUCAUUGAAGCCUUGGACUCAAUCAGGAGUGCAGUGUUCCCAGGUCUGCUGCCACCAGCGCCAUACCUGGUCUCCCUCUUAGAGUACGCACAGCAGGGUCAUGCCACAACUCUCUUCCUGAGAAAUUUCCAGCAUGUCAUGUAUAGCCUGCUCAUUACCAAUCCUCCCUGGCUGGCCCCCAGCACAGUGAAAAAAUAUUUUACUCAGGUGUUGCAGUGUCCUCGGUGUAAGACAGGCCUGUGGCCUUUUCUAAAGACAGCCAUCAGUUACUGCCUGUCAAGUGAGUUCACAUGUCACCCUCUCCCUGGACCUGCCCUGCCAACACUGUUACAUUUCCAUAGUGACCUCCUGGCAUUUUUUCUCAAGCUCUUCCAGGGGGAACUCCACUCUGUCACCACUGGGGAUUUUCUAUUGCUUCAGGGAGCAGGUGUAUCUCAGGUAUCAGCGUCAGGCUCUUUGCUGUAUGGAACCUUCUGGACUGUGUGGGAGCGCACCACCUUGUUGUCUUGUGCUGUGAAACAGCUUAUCCAGCUCGUCGUGCAGGCUGCCACAGAGGACUAUGCUGAGAGGGAUGAGAAGCAGAAGCUGCAUCUGGCGGCUACCCUUCUGGACCUCUUGUCUGUGUUGGUGGAGUUCUGGUGUCAGCAGCACUUCAAACUGAACCAGAACCUGGUGGAAAAGGGCCUGAAAGACCUAGCGGAGCAUUUUGCCGUUAUCAGCCAGGAUGUGUCUCCAGCGGCUCUGGCGGAGCUGGUUGUCAGAGUGUCCUCCACCAGACUUAAGUUGGUGAUGGCUGAUGCCAUAUUCAGGAACCUCUGCUGCAGAAAUGGAUUCACUGUGGGAGAUGAAGCCCUCUCUCUCAAGAAAAUGGUGCUGUCCUACCUGCCUGCUCUGGGAAGUUUAUCUCAGAGUCCCAGCGGUGCUCGCCGCAGGACUGAACCCACCUCCCACAGCUGCACCAGCCCGGGCACCGGCUGCGGAAUUCAGAACACUGUGGUGAAUGAAACGAGCGCCGAGAAAGAGAACAUCCCUAGAGGUCUGAACAGAGUAAACGCAGCAGGAGAGACCCUCCUCCACAGAGCUUGCAAGAGGAACCAAGUGGAAACAGUGCUUCAGAUCCUGGCGCUUCCUGGCACGGACGUCAAUGUUAAAGAUCAUGCAGGCUGGACCCCCCUGCAUGAAGCAUGCAACCAUGGCAGCACAGCAUGUGUAGAGGCUUUGCUACGUCACCACCCCGCCCCUGUCAUUAAUAACCAGGUGGGAGGAGUCAGUCCUCUGCACGACGCUCUGCUCAACGGACACAUGGAUAUCGCCAAAAUGCUUCUGGAGCACGCAGGCUCAGUUCUCCUCCAACAGACUGAUGGAAACGGGCGGACUGCGCUGGAUCUGGUCUCUGCAGCAAGUCAGAGGGAGGAGCUCCUCCACAGCGCACAGGUCGGUGACUCUACCCUGAGAAAGAACGUGUCCGAGGUCUUGAACCUGCCCCUCCUUGAGGCCGGAUCCUCUCUGCUGUCACACCUCAUUUUCUCCUACCGGCAGGAGAGGGGCCUGCCCAGCCACACACAGUCCAACGACAAGACCCACAAUCUGGGACACAGGCUGGUUAGAGCCCUGGAGAUGCACUCGCUUGAAAAAGUGACUUUGGGCUGGACAGACCAGCGGGCAGUGAGGCUGGUGGCGGAUAUAGAGACACUGUUGGAGCUCGGCAGAGGGAGUUACCUGGGGCAGGUGUCUCAGGCAGUGAAAGAGUGCAAAGGAGAGAACACUCUGCUACUAAUGGAGGUACUGGGGGAUCUGAAGUCUCUGGGAGAAGCACUAGUGGCUGAUGUGUGACAUAGAAUCAAUUGAAGAAGAAAGAAAACACAUUGAAAAAGACAUGAAAUAAAGAAAUAGGCAAGAUAAUCUGUGAUUGAAAUGUUCACCAAAGUGCAUCUGUGUUAGUUAUAUCCACCUCUUGGCCUUCUGUGGAUGCAUGCCUUCAAACUAAUGUGGCCUUCUCUUGUCUUCUCAUUCAGGUAAAUAGGUAAGCAUGUGUUGUUGUCUUUUUUUAAGUUGACUGUAGGUUCAUUUCUACAGACAUACAGUUUUAUUCUCAUUUGAUUGUAACCACACCAUAGUUUGGUUCUAUUUCACUACCUGUUUUGGUGUCAAAUAUUUUAUACUUUGCAAAUAUUUCUGAAAUGGAAAAUGUUGUCAUGGCAACACUAACAUUUCUGUGUAGACUGUUACUACCUCAAGUUUGAGUUUUUCUACUUUUCUUAAUGUUCAAAAAUUAGAUUGUUUAACAGAUGUCACUAUUAUUUAUAACAAAAUAAAGAAAAAUAAGUUGG